AACAUGGCAGAAGAAGCUCCAGCAGCACCAGCAAAGGCUCCGGCCAAAGCCCCGAGGAAGAAGGCCGCUACUAAAGCAAAGAAUGACGGACCCAGCCUGUCAAAGCUCAUCGUGGCCGCCGUGGCCGAGUCCAAGGAGCGGAAGGGCAUUUCUGUGGCGGCGGUCAAGAAGGUCCUGGAUGGGAAAGGCGUGGAUCUGUCCAAGGCAAACAAGCGCAUUAACUCAACCCUGACCAAACUAGUCGAGAAGGAAGUUCUGGUCCACACCAAAGGGACCGGGGCCUCCGGCUCUUUCAAGCUCGCCAAGAAGGAGCCCAAACCAGCAAAGAAGGUGGUGAAGAAGGCCCCCGCAAAGGUCAAGAAGCCGGCUACCAAGAAGGCCACUACACCUAAAAAAGCCGCCGCUAAGAAAGCAGCAGCCAAGAAGGCCCCCGCCAAGAAAGCCGUGAAAAAGGUGAAGAGCCCCAAAAAAGCCGCCAAGAAGCCAAAGGCUGCAGCUAAAAAACCCGCAGCCAAGAAACCUGCAGCCAAGAAACCUGCAGCUAAAAAACCUGCAGCCAAGAAACCUGCUGCUAAGAAACCUGCAGCCAAGAAAGCCAAGAAGUAA